UUCCAGGCCCCAGGGGAGUCCUCUUGGCUUCUGGAGAUCUAGCCAGCUGCAGGCUCCUUCAUUUAGCCUUGGCCAGGUCAUGAUCCGGCCACUCGCCACCAAUAUUGGUCUUCCUCAAGCGCUCGACCUGGCUGUGAAGCAGGGAGGAUGCUGGCUAAGCCCCUUGAGCGCUGCUAGUUCACUGACACCUUCCCACCAUCCCUAGAAGGCCAGACAGUGUCUUCCACGAUGCACUGGGAAAGAAUCACAGAGCAAGCUCAGCUGAGUGCAGCACCAAGCAUUGUGCCUGUUCUCCAGAGGCCCUGGCAUUGCAACCCACUUGCCUGGGGGAAGGCAGCACCAGAGGACGCGCAGGUGCCAGGAAGGAGGAGGAGAAUCCCCAGCAGGAGCCACACAGGCCAUCGCAGAGCCCCGAGCAGGGAGAGGCCAACAGGGUGGGAUGGCAGGGAGGAGACCUCCAAGGGAUGGAAAAUGGCUUUGGGCUUCUCAAUAGCAUGUCUGUCCCCCAGAGACUGACCAUCUGUGGGCAAUGUGGGAAGAGCUUUAGCCAGUAUUCAGACCUUAUUAAGCACCAGCGGAUCCACACGGGGGAGAGACCGUACAGCUGCUCUCAGUGUGGGAAGAGCUUCAGCCAGAGCUCUCACCUCGCCAAGCAUCAGCGGAUCCACACCGGUGAGAGGCCCUACAAAUGCCCUGACUGCGGGAAGGGCUUCAACGACAGCUCCUACCUCCUGCAGCACCGCCGCACCCACACGGGAGAGCGGCCUUACGAAUGCCCGGACUGUGAGAAAAGCUUCGGAGACAAGUCAGGCCUUACCCGCCACCAGAAGGUGCAUCACGGCGAAAGACCCUACAAAUGCCCUGACUGCGGGAAGAGCUUCAGCGACAGCUCCUACCUCAUCCAGCAUCAGCGCAUCCACACGGGCGAGCGGCCCUACAAAUGCACCGAGUGCGGAAAGAGCUUCAGCCGGAACUCACACCUGGUUCAGCACCAGCGGGUCCACACGGGGGAACGCCCCUACAAAUGUGCUGAUUGCGGGAUAAGCUUCAGCCACAGCUCCACCCUGAUUGGGCACCAGAGGACCCACCGCGGCGAUAAGCCCUACAAAUGCCCCCAGUGCAGGAAGAGCUUCCGGCACAAGUCAACCCUGGUGAAGCAUCAGCGGACCCACACUGGGGAGCGGCCCUACAGGUGCGCCAAGUGUGGGAAGAGCUUCAGCUGGGGCUCGGCUUUCAUCAAGCACCAGCGCACCCACACGGGGGAGCGGCCCUACCAAUGCACCCAGUGUGGGAAGGGCUUUGGGGACAGCUCGGCCCUGAUCCAGCACCAGCGCACCCACACCGGGGAGCGGCCCUACAAGUGCUCCGAGUGUGGGAAGGGCUUUGGUGACAGCUCCACCCUGAAUCAGCACCAGCGCACCCAUUCAGCUGAGAAACCCUACAAAUGCCCAGAGUGUGGGAGGAGCUUCAUCCUCAGCUCCCACCUUGUCCGGCACCAGAGGGUCCAUGUGACCUAGAGUCCCCAUGUGAGGACAGUUCUGUUCACAUCUCUUUACAGACCUUAGAAACCAGGCCUCCUUAGAGACCAUAGACCAGGCCUCUUUAGGGACUAGGCCUCCAUAGAGACCAAGGAUCUUGGAGACCUGGGACCAGGCCUCUUUAGGGACUAGGCCUCCUUAGAAACCAAGGACCUUAGAGACCAGAGACCAGGCCUCUUUAGGGACCAAGGGCCUUGGAGACCUGGGACCAGGCCCUUUAGAGAGAUGGAAGCAAGCUCUUUAGGAAACACAUCAACCCAGAGACCUGACAUAGUUUUUCCCCUGGGGCAAGGCACAGCCCAUUGCGAUAUGGAUGCAUAUGGAUGUAUGGACGGAAGUGGGGACAGGAAUGACUGAGGGGCCGGUGGGUGGAAAUUAGGUGAAGUGGGGAAGGAAGUGAACAUGGAGGUCCCUUCUGCCCCAGUCAAGAUGGGGCUAUUAGAAAUGCUUAGAGGCCAAUUGACAGGGUUCUCAGCCUGGGAUCACUGCCCCACAAAGGGGGUCAUGGUGACCAUACCCCUUCCUUGUUUCUAAGAGGGCGGGUUCCCGGCUAUAUGGCAGUGGUAUCCUGGUAAGGAAAAGGUGAGAAUCCCCAUAAUAGUGAGAGAGUGAUCUCUGAAGGACUUGAGGGCUUUUGUCUGUGCCCGCUCCUGGGUGAGGUGGGGGUGGGGCAACCUGUUCCUUCAUUCUCCUGGAACUCCACAGCUCUGGGCCUCACUCUCUGCUGCUUCCCCUCUCCCAGGGGCUGGGGGUGGGGAGGGUUAGGGACCCAUGGGGAGGGGUGAAUGAGGCUGCUGGAAACUGGAGGGGGCUGCUCCUAGAGGCCAGACUGACAUAUGCUCCCAGGGCUGGGCGGUGGGUGAGGGAGUGCCUAAUCUCCUUCUCCCUGGUGGUGUCUCCAGUGCCUGGCUCCUCUUUUCAUGGUGCACAGAGUCCAGUGGCACCUGGAGAACAUCCAUUCCUGUGCUUGGUGCAGCUGACAUCCAGCCAGCCCCACCCGUGGCUCUCGGUUCCCAGCAGGCACCUGGAUCCCACCCUCCUGCUGCCUUUGGUGAUGAUCCAGUCUCCUGUGGUGUUAGUCAAUUGUAUCUGUAGGAAAUAAACUUCCCCACUGGGAUCUGCCUCCUCCCGUCUCCGUGGUGAGGGCCCUGUCCCAGGGCUCAACAUGGCCCUGGAUGUGUUGUUCUCACCUGCAGGGAAGCUCAGAAGCUGCUUGGGCUCCCAGUUAUCACGAUUUGCCGCUCUGAUCCUGACAUAAACCCCUGCAGAACGCCGUCUUGCCUUGCUCAGUAUCGUCUUCAUGGUAGGUGUGGCUCCUAGCUUCCUCCUGUUCUGCCUGAUCCUUUGCAGGAGCCCUCGCCUCCCCAGCCUUUCUCUGAGGGCUCAGAGAAUCAUAGCGAUGUAGGGCUGGAAGGGGCCUCGAGAGGUCACCAGGUCCAGCCUCCCGCGCAGAGGUAGGACUGAGUAACGCUAGACCAUCCCUGAAAGGUGUUUGUGCAACCUGUUAUUAAAAACUUGCAAUAUUGCAGAUUCCACCACCUCCCUAGGAAACCUCUAACCUAUCCUACAUCUCCCUUGCUGCAGAUUAAG